UGGAUGAGAGGAGCUGUGCAGAGAGUGGAGAGCACUGCUGGCCAUGGAGAGGUCAGCCCCAACCCUCCUGGCAUUGCUCAGCCUGACAGCAACUACUUGUGAUGCCCAGGACAGCUGUCCAGAAGUGAGAAUAGUGGGACUGGGUGAUGCUGAAAAGCUUGCCCUUCUCCAAGGAUGCCCAGGAAUCCCAGGUGCUUCUGGCUCAAAAGGAGAACCAGGUGUCCCAGGAACAAAAGGUGAAAUGGGAGCCCUGGGCCUCCCUGGGAAAGCAGGACCACCUGGUGCAAAAGGAGCAGUUGGAGAGCCUGGCUUCCCAGGACCAAAAGGAACAAAAGGAGAGCCUGGAUCUCCAGAAACAUGGGAAGCCAGGAACUGCCUAGACCUCUUGGGUAAAGGGAAGAUCCUGAGUGGCUGGUACACCAUCUACCCCCAGGGCUGCAAUGCCACCACUGUCUUCUGCGACAUGGACACAGAUGGUGGAGGAUGGAUUGUGAUAUUUGUUGUGUUCCAGAGGCGCUGGGACGGGUCUGUGAACUUCUUGCGAGGCUGGGAUUCAUACAGAAGAGGCUUUGGCAGCCAGCUGACGGAGUUCUGGCUGGGCAACGACAACAUCCACUUCCUCACCUCACUGGAACCCUGUGAACUCCGUGUUGACCUGAGGGACUUUGAGAACAAUUACUACUUUGCCAAGUAUGCCUCCUUUAGAGUGUUGGGAGAGUCUGAGAAGUACAAACUGGUUCUAGGAGACUUCCUUGGUGGAAAUGCUGGAGACUCCUUCUCGUACCACAAGGACAUGCCAUUCUCAACCACAGACCAGGACAACGACUUGAGCUCCCUGAACUGUGCCACAGAAUACAAGGGAGCCUGGUGGUACAAUGACUGCCACUACUCCAACCUGAAUGGGAUGUACUGGCUGGGCACCCACAGUAGCUACGCUGAUGGCAUAAACUGGAAGACAGGCAAAGACUACCAUUACUCCCUGCAGAGAGCAGAAAUGAAGUUCAGGCCAGCCUGACACUGCAGGAAGGGCCACUCAACAGCCAAGAGAAGACACAAAAUAAAAUGUCUGAGGAUAAAAGUGGAACAGGAAGGAUAUUAUGGGUUGUAUCUUCAGCCCAAAGCAGACUUUUGCAGUCAAGGAGACAUCGGUGUUGA